AACCAUUGGGUCCAGUAAUGAGAGUGUGUGGUCUGUUUGACGUGUAUUAAUAUUUUACUAAAAUCACGGUUCAAUCUUGAGAGUAUCUACAAUUAUUGCCAUGAGUUUGGUGCGCUUUUUCCAGAUUAUUUCUUUGGUGCUAACUUCACACAUGGUCUCGGUAUUCGCGGCCGAGUUUAUUGGGAAUCACGGAUCCCUGAAAGUAGAAAACGACAUUGAGAGAAAUAUAUGCCACGACAUUAAAGGAUCGCCUUGGCCGGAAGAAAUUGAGAAGGCAAACGAAUAUUGCAAAAACGUCGCAAGGCGCUUCCUUUCUCAUCCGAUAAGCAAGCGUAUUCCCCGCCCAAGCUUCUACUUCGUGGAGUGCUCUCCACCACUUGACUCAGGGAUGAUGGAGCACAAGUGCACAUUCGGGUCUUACACAUGGCGACACAAAGACAAAAAACGUCCUGCCGUCAUCCGAAAGGAUCUCAAAGAGUAUGUCACAGAUCCUAUCUUUUGGAGUCAUCGCGGAUUUAUUUCCGGCGACGGGGAUAUAUCAACAUUGGUGACUCAAGCAGAUUUAGAGGUACAGGAGAAGAUACAAAUGGGGAAACGGUGGAGUAACGUUGCAAUGUACGCCACGAUUGGAUACCGAGACGCAAUGGAGGACCGAUUUAUGGUCUACGAAAACGCCGCCGGCACUCAGGCAUCGUUCUACGCGGUUUUCGAUGGACAUUACGGCGAGGACGCUGUACGCUAUGCGAGAGACGUAUUGAUGAAAAUUAUAAUCAAUGAAAUAGCAGCUGUGCGGAGAUCUAUAGACCUGAAACAGGCAUCUAGGUCCAGGAAUGGAUCCAAGUCUCGGUUUCGGUUUAAAGUCCCUUUAAGGAAAACUCGAACCAGAAGUUCAAAAAGAAGAAAUUCUUUCCCGCCCAAGGUUAAGACUGAAAGUAAGUGUAAAACAAAAUCAUUUAUAUGA